AUGCCUGCGUUAUUACUGAAUCACGACGACCGCGGAGUUGCGCCUGUUGCGAUGGAAGAACCUGCGGACUAUGGCUUCAUAGUAGUACAUCAAAAGGUUGAACUUGAGAUUGAUUUCUCGACAAAAACCUUGCGUGGCAAAACCGAAAUCCAAAUUCUCCCACAGAUGAAGGAACUGCAGACAAUACAUAUUCAUGCUCGACAGUGCUCUAUUCCACAAAAACAGGUUCUGGUAAACGGUCGAAUCGCGUCUUUCUCCUACGAAGACCCCCACAAGAAACUGGAAGUUCCCGACUACUUUUCAUGGGAUACAGAAUCGCAUAAGAUGCAAAGCGACAGAAUAAAGUUUAUGGCUUCGGACAACAAACUAGCAGGUACAAUAGAGAUUGAUUUGCCAGAUAGUGUGAAGAUUGAGGAAGUUGAUCCAUUCUCGGAUAAGGCAGCAACACCAGUCACGCAACGUGCUGGUGGUGCGACUGUAAUCCGCAACUCUUCUGUCGCUCUUGAAGGAGGUCCGGUAUCUGUUCCCGCUUUUAUUGCAAAAACAGCUGCAGAGCAAGCUUCUAGAUUUCAACCCUUGACUAUUACUAUCCCUUUCGUUACCACACGAAUUCGAGAUGGUUUACAAUUCGUUGGGGUUGAGGAAGGAGAUGUGAGGUUCCCUCAUGUCUAUACCAAACAUUCUAUGGAGCGAGGCGUCGCAUGCUGUAUCUUCCCUUGUGUCGACGAUUCAGCGAUGAGAUGUUCGUGGGAUAUUUCCAUUAAAUGUUCGAGAACUCUUGGAGACGCACUCAAGCGUCGGCAAAAUAACCACAGCCACAAGUAUGGGCAUACCAAUGGGACUUCUGAGAAGACGGACAUUGAAGAAGCUUUCCUCAGCGACGAGGAGAAGCUGCUUGAGAUGGCAGUAAUUUGCUCUGGUGAACAAGUUGAUGAAGUGAUUGAUUUGGAUGAUAGUUCUAAGAAGAUCGUAUCAUUUCAAUGCACUUCUGAUAUAUCUGCAACACACAUAGGUUUCGCCAUUGGUCCGUUUGAGCAGGUCGAUUUGUCAGAAUACCGAGAGGGCGAAGAUGAAGAACGACUUGGACAAGGACAGUCAACUGCAAUAUAUGGAUACUGCCUCCCUGGAAGAACGGAAGAGUUGAGGAAUACUUGCGCACCAUUGGCUCACGCCAUUGAUCACUUUGUCCUCACCUUGGGCAGUUUCCCAUUUUCAGAGUCAAAAUUUGUUUUUGUUGAUGACCAGGUAAACGACACGGAGCACACCGCAUCGCUAUCCCUUUGCAGUAGUCGACUUUUAUUUCCGGAAGACAUCAUCGAUCCAGAGAUGGAUACCGUCAGAAAACUUGUUCAUGCUAUAGCUAGCCAAUAUGUUGGUGUUAGCAUUGUGCCAGACCGACGUUCUGAUAGGUGGCUCAUUGUUGGUAUCUCCCAUUUCAUGACAAACACAUUCAUGAAGAACCUUUGUGGGAAUAACGAAUUUAUGUUCCGUCAGAAACUGAAUACGGACCGGCUUGUUAAGUUGGAUAUUGACAGACCAUCCCUACAUGCCCUUGGUGAGAUUGUGGAUGUGUGUGACACCUUUCGAGAAUUCAUGGAGUUGAAGGCACCGCUCGUUCUGUUCAUUCUGGACAAGCGCAUUGCGAAAGCACAAGGAGGUACUGGUAUCUCAAGAGUCAUCUCUAAGAUGAUUGUUAACGCAAAUGCUUCUGGAGGCGCGGACUCUACAAUUUCGACGGAAGGGUUCCGUAAAAGCUGUGAGAAAAUCACCAAGUACAGAGAUACUGAUUCCUUCUUCACUCAGUGGGUUCUUGGCGCAGGAUGCCCGCACUUUACUAUCACACAAAAGUUCAACAAGAAGAGACUGUGUGUUGAAAUGACUAUUACACAAACCCAGGCGAACUCUGAGACAGAACUUAAGUUGCACAAGGAUGGCUUCUACAGAUCUUUCAAGGAAUCGACAGCUGGAGUAAUUGCACCAAAGGCACAGAACACAUUUACUGGACCGUUGACCAUUCGCAUUCACGAGGCUGAUGGUACUCCCUAUGAACACAUAGUUAUGAUCAGAGAGAAGACAUCAAGAAUCGAAAUUCCGUACAACACCAAAUACAAGCGGCUUAAGCGCAAUAGGCGUAUGAAGGAACGUGCAAAUGCAGGCAUUGCCAUGGAUAUCAAUGCCGAAAACCAUGACGAUGCUCUUAUUUACUGCUUAGGGGACGUACUCCAGUCACCGCAAGAUAUCCAAGAGUGGGGCUUACGGGACUGGGACCCAGCUACCGAAGCCAAGAUGGAAGCUGAGUCGUAUGAAUGGAUUCGUGUUGAUGCUGACUUUGAAUGGAUAUGCGAUAAGAAAUUCACUGGUAUGGAGGCGUACAUGUAUGUUUCUCAACUUCAGCAAGAUCGCGAUAUCUCGGCUCAAUAUGAAUCGAUGGCGUACCUGGAUAAUGCUCCUCCGCAUCCGCUCGUUGCCACAUUCUUGAUUAGAACUUUGAUGGACCGGCGCUAUUUCUAUGGCAUUAGGACAAUGGCUGCGAAGUCCCUUGCUAAACAUGCUGUAGAGAAAGAUGUAAAGUGGAUAGGUCUUACUCACCUCGAAAAGGCUUUCCAAGAGUUCUUUUGCUACCCUGGUACAAAGAUGCCAAGGUCUAAUGAUUUCUCUGAUAAACAAGCUUACUGGAUUGAAUGCGCAAUUCCCGAGGCUAUGUCAAGGGUCAGAAGCUUAUACGAUUCUCUCUGCCCUAAAAGAGCGCGACAGUUCAUACUUGACCAGCUUCGCUUCAACGACAAUGGAAACAAUGACUAUUCGGACAACUUCAAGGUUGCAAACCUUUUGAAGUCACUAGCAGACUCUUUGAUUCCUGGUGAAAAGGGAGUCAAUAACGAUGCACUUCAACUUGACGAGGCCGAAGAAAUUGAAGAGCCUCAGCAGUUCAAGAAUAUCGUUUUGGAGGAGCUUGACAGAUACAGUAGGAUGGAUGAGUGGAUAGAUUCUUAUCAGAAUAUCUAUACCAUCACAGUCAUAGAGUGUAAGCUGAAGUUGAUGAAUGCAGGUGUCAUACCAGUGGAUGCACUUGACUUUGCUCAAUACCUUCACGAUGGAAGUUCUCCUAAUGUACGAAUCAAAGCGUCUUGGGCACUUGCUGACCUUGGAUUCUUGAAAAAUACUGCUGUGGCAUGUCUCCUCGUGACUGCUAUGAGUACAGAUCCGUCGCCAUGGGUUCGAGGUGAACUGACAAAAGUGUUUUAUUAUGGAUUGGGAGUCCUGGGACUGGGUGAAUACAAAACUAAACGAGUUGCCGCUCCUGUGGCCAAGGAUGGCUUAAUUAUCGAAGAGGCUUCCACGAGUGCACGGCAGGAGCAAGCAGAGCGGAGUAACAUAAUAGGUGCUCUUGCUUCGCUGAAGUUGGAAGUCGGCGGAAACACUGAUUUAAAAAAUGCCUUGUGGAAAGCUGUCCUGUCUCCUGUGAUUACUGUGGCAGAACAAAUGGAUUUCCUUGACCUCUGCACCAUGUUUUGUUAUCCCAAAGAGUCCUUGAAUUUGAAGCUAAAGUAUCCUCGUUAUUGGAGAGUUGAACAUCGUGGGAAGGGUCGAAUGGUCUUUAAACAAACCAAGAAAGUUCGCACAACUAUCGUGGAAAGAAUUGUUCCAAGCAAGAUCAAAGCCCUUGCUGCCCCUCAGCCACCUGUACCGUCACCCACCGUCGUCGCACCCUCCGUCGUCGCACCCUCUCUAGGCAAUUCAUCUGCUCUAAAGCUCGGCAGUUCGCCUGCUCCAAAGCCAGCUAAUCCACCUGCUCUUAAAUUUGGCAGCUCAUCUUCUGGGCUCAAGAUUGGCGGCCAAUCUACUGGAGUUCCUAAGCAUCCAGGAUUUUCAGGUUCAUCUGCUGCAACGCCUAAACAUCCCAGCUCUUCAGGGCCAUUUGCAGGACCUCCUAAGACAUCUAGCUCUUUGGGGACAACUAAACAUUCUAGCUCAGUACACAGCUCUGCAGGAACAUCAAAGCCCCCUGGCUUAGUAAAACUGUCAGGUUCUUCAGGAGAUAUGAAACCACCCAAACGACCUCUUCCGGCAGAUAUUGCAGAGAGUUCUAAUUCGUUACACAAGGAUAAGAAACAAUUUGAGAGUUCCAGUUCACACAAGGAUAGAAAGCCAGCAUUGAUUGUUAAACUGAAGAUUCCUGCUUCCAAGUUAAAGCGGAUUGUCUCAUCACCUCGUAAUCCUAAGCCAAAAGCUCCUUCCUCAUCUCCAUCCAUGUCCAAUCCGAGACGGCCGUCCCCGAAACCAUCACCGAAGCCAUCCUCAAAACCUUCGCCUGCAUUAACACAACCGAUCAGAGCUAGCCCUGCUCUUUCUUUCUCCUCUAGUUCAUCGGGUCAUACAUCAUCAAAUGUCAAGAAGCCAUCAAGUUCAACUCACGUCGCAGCACCUAUCCGAAAACCCCUUCCUGAAGGCCGAAAACCUUUACCAGAUUCGGCACAACAUCUUCCUUCGGCACCCCCUACCCCUGGCGAUGUACCUAAAAAACCAACCAUCAAACUUAACUUUAAACCUAAGCCUAAACCUUCAUUCUCUUGA